CAUGCAUUUUAGAGAAGGGCAAAGGCCCUGUGAAGAGGAGCAUCCCGGUGCACACUGUGGACCACAAAGAUGGGGAGGUCAUCAAGGACUGAACCACUGUGCACUAAAGAUUUUAUCUGUUCCUUCAUGACAACAUACUGCAAUUUGUUGGUUGCGGGGGUUGUUUCCAAAAAACAAGUUAUUGUGUCCUAUUAUCACAAUUUCAUAUUUUUCUUCCAUCAUUGUUACCAACAGACAAAAUAUAGUCAUCCAUUUAUUAAUUUUGAGCACCAGAAUAACAUCUAUCGCUCUCAUUAGAAUUUUGGGAUGCUAAAAAUGUUUUUUUUUUAGCAUCCCAAUUUUUUUAGCAUUGUUUUUAAAACAAAAAAGAAAAUACGAUAACUAAUAUAAGUGUUCCAUCAUCGCCAUUUGGUGUCUAAAACAAGCACUAAUCACAUUAAAUUACUCGAGUUUUGACCGAAAACUUCAUUAGGUGCUGGUGCUCCCACGCCAUCUAACCAGCUCUAAUAGAAGAAAUCAAAAUGUGCUCUCAUGAACCGGCAUGUUGGAAAAUACAUGAGAAAAUGCAUGAGAUAGUGCUAGGUGAAGUGGCCUGUAUGUGUGUGAGUGGAAUGACAUAAAGGUGCAUAUGGUGGUGUUUAGCUGUUAUCAUUUUGACAGUGUGCGGGUAGAAAAGAGGGGUGGUAGACGACCACUAACGAGAGAGUUGCUCCGUGUGUAGCUGUCGCCAUGGUUACGCUGUUUUAUUUGACAUUUCUCAUGAGAAGACCCCCAACUCCCCCAAACCCCCUCUCAUGUGAAUACUGAGGAGGCGUUUUGUUGCAUGUGUGUGUGUCUAUUUCUCUCUAGCCGCGCUAUGAAUGGAGCAUAAUUAUUCCUGUGUUGCAGCUCAUCGUGACGCUACUAAAAUACAAUCUUUGCUUUGGUGUGACACACACUGGUUAUUUUUUUUUGUAAUUUUUUUGAAUAACACACACACACACAAAUCUGGAUUUAACCGUGCUAUUGCAAAACCUUUACUGAGUGUUUUAAGUCAAAAUUUAACACUCUUUACUGUCAUAUUACUAUAAAAAUAAGUUAACCCCUGUCAAAAGUAAACAAUCAAGCACUAUCUUAAAUAUAGGGACAACGUAACGUCUCAUUUUUCAAGUGUAAAAGAAGUUCACCACAGAUAGUAGUAAAAUGUAAUACAAUAGUGUACACGGGUGAAAUUAAGAAGCAAAAUGAAAAACUACCCGUAGGUUUACACUUUUUAAAUACACUUGGUUAAGGGGGGGAGGAGGAAAGAAGGGAAAAAGGAUGGCUGAAAGGAAGUUAGGAAAGAAAGCUGGAAGAGAGGAAGGAAGUAAGUAGGAUGUAUGAAAUGAAGGGAGGAAACAAGGGUGGUAUGAAAGAAGGAAAUUAUGUAUGAAAAAAUAAUAAUAAUAAUGGAAAUAAUCUGUUGCCGAGUGACAUUAGCACCAACUUCCAAGUGCAAAAAGAAGUGAACCACUAUUGAAAACAUAAAAAGAAUAGGACACUUCGUACUUGCGUGUGUGUUUAGAGGACAGUUAGUAUGUGUUGGGUCCAGCGCUUAUCGCAGGAAUGAAGGCCCUCAGGGCGGCGACGUAGCCGAAGGAAUUCCAUCCUGAUAAAAAGUCUCCAGGUCCAUCAAAACAUUUUGGUUCUCAUCAGGUCGUGCGAGAAGGCAGCGAGAAGUUUCGGGAUGGCGCGUUUUUUUAGUGUGAGCUGAUGACAGACUGGCAUGUCGGCAACAAGGACGUCACGGAUGAGCAGGCGGGACUUUUGGGGACUACUGUAAUAAUAAUCAAUGUUUUUAGCUUAUGCUAUGCUAAAAUAAAGUGUUACACACAUAUCGGAGGAUAGGAAAUUUAGGGACGCAUGAAACACAAUGGGCCGGAUUCACUGAUACGAUUGAUAUGAGACAACCUUCCUGAAGUACAAAGUUAGCAGAGAGCUAACAUUUUUAGCCGAUGCUAAACUAAAGAUGUUGUACACAUGAAAUUUAUGCCUGGACACGCGACUUCUAUCACAAUAGGGCUGAUCACCAAUAUCUUCAAUUUCAGACAACCCUUCCGGAGAACGAAGCUGGUCACAAGCUAAUGUUUUUAGCUGAUGGAAAGCUAAACACGUUUAUGUUUUUUACAUAAAAUUCAGGAGCUCACACACAACACGAAAUAUCCCGUUUCGCCAGUGUGAUAGAUUUGAAACAAACUUCAUAGCGUACUAAGAUAAUGUUUUCAGCUGACGCAAAGCUGAAGUGAUACACUCAUGUUACAGGACCCCCCCCCCAUCCCCCCUCCAAAAAAAGUGCACACAUUUAAAAUAAUGGGCCUGAUUAAACAAUCUUUAAUGUAAAACAACUUCCAUGGAGUUCAACGAUUGUCGUCGGCUAAUGUUUUUUCCUGAUGCUAAGCUAAAGUGUGACACAUCGAAACUGGAAAUAUAGGGAUGCUUUACCUGAAACAAAAUGGGCCUGAUUCAGUACGAAGUUUGCCAUGAGCUAAUGGUUUUAGCUUAGGCUAAGCUAAACCUGUUGCUAAGCUAAAUGCAAGUUUGUUCACAUGAAAUCAGGAGGACACGUGAUCUGAAACUCAAUGGCCUGAUUGGUCAAUAGGAUAGAUUUAAGGCAAUCUUCCUGGAGUACAGAGCUUGUCGGACGCUAGUGUUUUUUGCUGAUGCUAAAAUGCAACUGUUGCUAAGCUAAACGUGUUUUUCACAUGAACAUUUAGAGGAAACAGGUGAGCUGCAAUACAACCACCCAACUGAUCAUUUUGUGACAACUUUCUGGACUACGACGCUAGUCACAAGCUAGGUUUUUAGCUGAUCCUAUGAUAAACCAAACAUGUUUUUAUUCAAGUGAACUUCAGGAGAGGACACAUGACCUGAAAUGCGAUGAUCUCGAUUCACCAAUAAGAUCGAUUUCAGACAACCUUUCGGAAGUACCCAGAUAGUUAUAAUGUAAUGUUUUUAGCUUAUGUCAAGCUAAACUUGUGGGCAAAAGUAUUGGGACACUUACAGGAAGUGAAAACUGACCACACGGUUUAAUAUUUUGUCUAUAUAGUGUAUCAAUCUGCACAAAGGCUUUAAAAGUAUUGGGAAAUCUACAGGACUUCCAUAUUCAAUUAACAUUUUUAGCUGAUGCUAAACUAAGCAAGCUAGACAGAUUUUGCAGGAUAGGAAAUGUAAUGAUGCCUGAAACACAAUGGGCCUGUUUCACCAUUAUGAUAGAUUUGGGGCAACCGUUCUGGAGUCCAGACUUAGUUGCAAGUUAACGAAUUAGGCCGAUGCUAAGCUAACCAUGCUACAUACAUGUUACAGGACAUUUUCCUCUCCCUCCCCUGCCGACAACCUUACAUUCGGAGUGCCCGCUCUAUAUCAGAAUAACCCUGGGAUGCCAAGUGAGUGUCGCUGUGGGAUCAGGAUGGAUUAAAGGUGAAAAAACUUGUCAUUGGUUUCCCUUUUGUUGAGUUCAACUUGACACACUCACACGACGACGACACACAAUGGCGGCUUAUCGCGACACAAGUGCGACGGUAGCGGCGCACGUGGAGGAUGCUGCUAUUUUCAGAGCUGUGAUGUGGAUUGAAGCAGACCGAUGAGGGUCUGCACUCUGUCACUGACGACCACCGUCAAGCCGCACCGCCAACACAACCGCGCGUCUAGACUUUCACAAUAAAAAACACACACAAUAUAUAUAUAUAUAUACUUGUGUAUAUAUAUCAUAUAUAUUCUUACCAAUACAUGAAUGAAUUCAUGAAUAUGCUGUUUUACCUUUUUAAAAAAAUGGACUUUCCUCUCUCAAAAUUGGAGGGCAAGAGGCAGGGUACACUUUGGAUUGGUCGUUAGACAAUCGCAGGUCACAUAUGAUAGAAGCACAACCAUUCACACCUCACCUAACAAUAAUUCAGUCUUACAUGAACCUAGCACAUGCUUUUAGAAUGUGGGAGGAAGCUGGAGUAGUACCUGGGAAAGUCCAUGGAAGCACAGGGGCAACACACAAACUCCAUACAGGAAGGCCAGACCCUGCAUUUGAACCCCUAACCUUGGAACUGUGGGGAGGAUGUGCUAACAUAAAGUGCUGAUUUUUAAAAUACAAAUAUUACUGUUGUAAUUAUUUGUAAAGAUGUCAAAAUUCUAUCCAUUUUUCAGUGUCGUCGUGUGGCUCUGGACCUGCUCAGGCCCCGUUUUGGGCCUCGAACUUGUGGUACAGGUGCCAACUCUGACAUACUUUUAUUUUGAAAAGCUGACUGCUGGAUAUUUCUGCACCUCUCCGUCCUUGCUUGCUUGACGCGGUGGAUUGUGUGGACCCGCGGGGGACGCUGGAAAGCAGCAUAAAGUAGAAGGGAGCAAUUUUUGUCCGACAUAAGCUUCUUCUUCUUCUCCAUAUUUUCUUAGCACACAAUCUUGAUGGAGAAUGUCGUUAAACAAACUUCCUGCGUGUCGUCGUAUGUCUUUUUUCAUUUUUUAAUUGCUGCUCAAGUGUCUGAAAUGAACUGCACCUUACUGUACUUUUUCUCCUGUUUUUAUUUUUAAAUCAGCAUGCGACAUCCAGCAUCCUCCAUCACCGUGGCAACCAGCCUUCAUAGUCACUAUCCUCAUCCUCUAGGCAGCAUCAGCAUUCCUAUCCUUUAGCAACUUUGCACGUGCGCUCCUUUAAAUUUGCCGCUUCCCGAUGCUGAUUUAGUAUUGCGGGAAGGUUGAUGUGUUGUCAUCAUCGUCGCUGUCAAGAUGCCCGUGAGACGCGGUCACGUCGCCCUCCAGAAUACUUACCUUGACACCAUUAUCAGGAAAUUCGACGAGCAAAAUCGCAAGUUCGUGAUCGCCAACGCGCAGAUGAAGAACUGCGGCAUCAUCUUCUGCAACGAGGCCUUCUGCCAGAUGUUCGGCUUCACGCGGGCCGAGAUCAUGCAGCAGCCGUGCACCUGCCAGUUCCUGGUGGGGCCUGGCACCAUGAAGAGCGCCUUGGCGCAGCUAGCUCAGGCCCUGCUCGGCUCCGAGGAACGCAAGGUGGAGAUCCUUUACUACGACAAGGAAGGCACGUGCAGGCCCUGCAUGGUGGACAUCGUUCCAGUGAAGAACGAGGAAGGUGUCGUCAUCAUGUUCAUCCUGGACUUCCAGGAACUCGUUGACCCGACGCUCAAGAAGUCUGGACUGAGGCAGCGAGUCAGUCAAGGCUUGCUCUACUGUCAGAAUCGUAGGUUGAAGAUGCGAUUGCCGGUGUUGCGGCCACAGCGGCGACAGUCGCUCUCCAAAGAUCAGUUUGAGGGUGUGGUGGUGGACUACCCGCAGCCCAACAGUGAAGAAGUCCCCCUGAAGGAUUUCCGCAUCCCGUCCAAGGAGAGCUGCAUGCAGUCCGAGACAGAGGCCCUCAUAGAACAAGACCUGGAUCCUCCGCCCCCCUCCGCCAAGCGCCGCUCCCUGCUGACGGACCGGCUUGACCCGUUACCCCGGGGGACCUUAUCCCGAAGCGGCUCGCGAGAAAGUGUCUGCAGCCUGCGACGCGCCUCCUCUCUGGACGACAUUGACGGGAUGAAAGCAGAGUGGAGCGCUCGGCCAGGAGAAACCUGCACCAACACAAAUCUGAAGCCGAGCGGUGCCAACUCCACCUCGGACUCGGACCUGAUGAGGCACCGGGCCAUCGGGCGCAUCCCGCAGGUGACGAUCACCUUCGGCUCUGACCGCGUCAGACCGCCGUCGCCAGGCGAAAUCGAGAUCAUCGCGCCCAGCAAAGUCAAAGACAGAACACAGAAUGUCACUGAGAAGGUGACUCAGGUAACACAGGUGCUGUCGCUGGGCGCUGACGUGCUUCCUGAGUACAAGCUGCAGGCGCCGCGCAUCCACCGCUGGACCAUCCUGCACUACAGCCCCUUCAAGGCCAUGUGGGACUGGCUCAUCCUGCUGCUGGUCAUCUACACGGCCAUCUUCACGCCCUACUCGGCCGCCUUCCUUCUCAACGAGGUGGAGGAGGAUCGCCGGCGGACGUGUGGCUACACGUGCAACCCGCUCAACGUGGUGGACCUGGUGGUGGAUGUCAUGUUCAUCGUGGACAUCCUCAUCAACUUCCGGACCACCUAUGUCAACCACAACGACGAGGUGGUCAGCAACCCGAGCCGCAUCGCCCAGCACUACUUCAAGGGCUGGUUCCUCAUCGACAUCGUGGCCGCCAUACCCUUCGACCUGCUCAUCUUCCGCUCAGGCUCGGAGGAGCCGCAGACGACCACGCUGAUCGGCCUGCUGAAGACGGCGCGUCUGCUGCGUUUGGUGCGAGUGGCCCGCAAGCUGGACCGCUACUCGGAGUACGGCGCCGCCGUGCUCUUCUUGCUCAUGUGCACCUUCGCCCUGAUCGCCCACUGGCUGGCGUGCAUCUGGUACGCCAUCGGCAACGUGGAGCGCACCGGCUCGGCGCGCGUGGGCGUCAUGAAGAUCGGCUGGCUGGACAACCUGGCCGAGCAGAUCGGCAAGCAGUACAACGACAGCGACGCGGCGUCGGGGCCGUCCAUCAAGGACAAGUACGUCACAGCGCUCUACUUCACCUUCAGCAGCCUCACCAGCGUCGGCUUCGGAAACGUGUCGCCCAACACCAACCCCGAGAAGAUCUUCUCCAUCUGCGUCAUGCUCAUCGGAUCUUUGAUGUACGCCAGCAUCUUUGGCAACGUGUCGGCCAUCAUCCAGAGGCUCUACUCAGGCACGGCGCGCUACCACACGCAGAUGCUGCGCGUCAAAGAGUUCAUCCGCUUUCAUCAGAUCCCGGGCGGCCUGCGGCAGCGUCUUGAAGAGUACUUCCAGCACGCCUGGUCCUACACCAACGGCAUCGACAUGAAUGCCGUCUUGAAAGGCUUCCCGGAGUGCCUGCAGGCCGACAUCUGCCUGCACCUAAACCGCACGCUGAUGCAGCAGUGCAAAGCGUUCCGAGGCGCCAACAAAGGCUGCCUGCGCGCCCUGGCCGUCCGCUUCAAGACCACCCACGCCCCGCCCGGCGACACCCUGGUACACAGUGGUGACAUUCUAUCCGCCCUCUAUUUCAUCUCCGGUGGCUCCAUUGAAAUUCUCCGCGAAGACAUGGUGGUGGCCAUAUUGGGAAAGAACGACAUCUUCGGCGAGUCCGUCAGCAUGUACGGCAGGCCCGGCAAGUCCAGCGCCGACGUCCGGGCGCUGACCUACUGCGACCUUCACAAGAUCCAGAGGGAUGACCUGAUGGAGGUUCUGGACAUGUACCCGGACUUUGCCGAAACCUUCUGGCACAACCUGGAGGUCACGUUCAACCUGAGAGAUGCAGAUCGAGUAAACCAGCCAACCCCGAGCAAGGACUCUGAAUGUGGCUACCGCCGCACCAGGCACCACAGAAGCUCCCCCCGACGCCGCAACCGACCCGAUGGCACGGACCGGGAGGACACCUACCCCGAGCAGUCUUGUCCGAUGGACGACCAUCACAGAGUCGCAACAUCGUGCUGGGACGAACAGUGCAGCAGCGACACUUUUUCAUCUGAGUCCAGCGACGAGGAGAUGAAGCGCGGGAGACGUAGCAGCAAGGGAGAGCUGUUCCCUCUGCCGGGAGGAGACGCCAGAGACUUCCCCCCGCCUGUCAUCAACCUCCUGCCGCACAGCAGACCCUCCCCUGGGAUGGCCAAGCCCGUAGACCUCGCUGGUCCACCGUACUCAGCAGCGGUUCCGGUCAGCAUGUCGGGCCUUUACGGCUACUGGCCGGACCGCCGGGCCAGCCAGUACUCCGAGGCCCAGCGACGCUCGUCGUGCGCGGCCAGGACCGCCGGCUUCCAGCCCGGCCCCUGUCCCGAGGACCGGCCUAGCGAGCUCGGGUCCAGAUUGGAAGUGCUGCAGUCUCAGUUAAACCGGCUGGAGAGCCGAAUGACGGCGGACAUCACCGUCAUCCUGCAACUCCUGCAGCGUCAGAUGGCGCCGGUGCCGCCCGCCUACAGCGCCGUGUCGCCCGGCCCCCUGCCCCCCGCCGCCGCCGCCGCCCUGUACGGCGCCCCGGCGCCGCCCGCCCUCCGCGCCGUCCCUCCCAUGACGGACAGCGCCGCCUCGCUGCUGCAGAGUCCAGAGUCCGAGUCCAAGUCCAAGGACUCGCUGUCCAGCGGGAUCCACGUGACGGCCGCCUCUGACGACACCAUUUCCCUGACGCCGCCGCAGCCCGAGGCCCCGGGCACGCUGGCCACCGCCCAGCGCUUCCCGUCGCUCCCCGAGCACCUGGAGGUCUCCUCGGAAGCGCCGGAGAUCCAGAGGCACGUCUCGGACCCCGUCCUGCCGGGGAGCCCCGGGAGCUAGAAGCGUGUCUCUCACACAUGUUGGAAUAUGUUCCAAACUUGAAAUGUCCCGCCAUCUUGACCAGGUUCCUCUUUCCACCUCACUGGUCUUCGAGACUCCACAGCGCCCCCUCUCGCUGCUGUGCAGCACUUUGCCCCUCCCUUCCACACACACACACGCACGCGCGCGCGCACACGCACAGACCCACGUUCGCACACGAGAAAACAAAACGAAUGUUUUGAAAAAAUGUUGACAUUGAAGAAAAGAGCAAAGAGAUGUACUGUACAUAUGCUGGAGGCGCUUUGAAAGGAAGAAGAACACUUGAUACACUUUUACUUUGCAUUAACAUCCAUCAUAAUUCCAUCCAUUUUCUGUACCGUUUAUCCUCACUAGGGUCGCGGGCGUUUCCGGAGCCUAUCCCAGCUAUCUUUGGGCGAGAGGCGGGGUACACCCUGAACUGAAUUAACCUACCAUGCAUGUUUUUGGGGAUGUGAGAGGAAACCGGCGUACCCGGAGAAAACCCACCCGGGCACGGGGAGAACAUGCAAACUCCAUACAUGCGAGGCCGGAUUUGAACCUGGGUCCUCAGAACUGUAAGGCAGAUGCCCUAACCAGCCGGCACCGUGCCAUCACGUUGCAUUAACAUGUUUUGCAUAUUUUUUUACAAAGGCGUAUUAGUACCACACUCAAAAGAAUAAUACAUAAUUACACUGCAACAAUACAAAUUAAUAUUUUUUUUUCACAUGAUCAUUACAUAGAAAGAUUGUUUUCCCGAUCACAGAUGUUAUUCCUGUAAAAUGGUAAAUUUUUCUCCGAAAAUAUAAGACUUUUUUCUCAGAAAUCAAUUUUAUGUUCUUUUAAGAGGACUUUGUUUUCCCAAUAAAAUAUUCCUUUUUACUGAAAAUAUGACUUUUUUCUCAUAAAAAAAUGACCUUUCUUGAAAAAAAUAAACAUUAUUUUCUCUGAAACACCAUACACAACUUGCAUUUUCCCCCACAAAAAUACAAAGUAUUUUUGAAAAAUAUGGCCUCUCAAAAAAUCCAAACCUUUUUUUUGAAAAAUACUAUUUUUUUUCGCUGAACUUUACAACUUUUUUUCACAAAAAAAACCCUACUUUUUAUCUCGAAAAUAUAGAACAUUUUUAACUUUUCUUUAAAUAUACUA